AAAAAAGUAGCUAAAUUAUUUCGACACUCUCGCGACUUUAUAUACAACAAUGACAGUCACCACAUCCGAACCUGUUGCACCAGUGCAAUCGCAGUCGUCGUCGCAGCCCUCCUCUCGCACCAACCCAACAACAAGGCGUCACGAAGAAUACCAAUACCUCGAUCUCGUCCGCCAAAUUCUGGACGAAGGUGAACUCCGUGAAGACCGAACAGGAACAGGCACCUACUCCAUCUUCGCCCCGACCCCUCUAAACUUCGCCCUUUCCCGACCCUCCUCAUCCUCCUCGGGGUCCUCCUCCGAUCCGUCAUCGCCAGACUACACCUACACCCCCAUCCUCCCGCUCCUUACCACAAAGCGAGUCUUCACCAAAGCCGUCCUCCUCGAGCUCCUCUGGUUCAUCUCCGCCUCGACCUCCUCCACCACGCUUUCCGCCCAGGGAGUCAAAAUCUGGGACGGCAAUGGUUCCCGCGCCUUUCUCGACAUGCUCGGUCUUUCCCACCGCAAAGAAGGUGACCUAGGUCCCGUAUACGGUUUCCAAUGGCGACACUUUGGCGCCGAAUACGUCGAUUGCGAGACCGAUUACACCGGGCAGGGCGUGGACCAACUCCAGCGCAUCAUCGACACUCUCCGCAACAACCCGUACGAUCGCAGACUGAUUCUGAGUGCCUGGAACCCCAAGGACAUGAGCCAGAUGGUGCUGCCGCCUUGUCACAUGUUUGCGCAGUUUUAUGUGUCGUACCCGGGGUCGAGGACACGGGGUGGUGCACAGGCACAGGAUAAGGAGGGGGAACUAAACACACCAAAAGAGAAGCCAAGGGGCCACUUGCACUGCCAAUUGUAUCAAAGGUCGUGCGACAUGGGACUGGGUGUGCCCUUUAACAUUGCCAGCUACGCGCUGCUGACGCACAUGCUCGCGCACGUGUGUGACUUGGUGCCGGGGAGCUUGACCCAUGUGAUGGGCGAUGCGCAUGUCUAUCUUAACCAUGUAGACGCGCUCAAGACGCAGCUGGAGCGUGAGCCGAGGGAGUUCCCGACGCUCGAGAUCCAGAGGGAGAAGGGAGGUAGUAUCGAUGGGUGGAAGGCCGAGGAUUUUGUUAUAAAGGGGUACGAGCCACACAAGACGAUUGCUAUGGAAAUGUCUGUGUAGGUCAAUAAUUGUCGACUACGAUUAUCACUGAUAUCCUGAAUUCGUUCUUUCU